GGUCAAUGCCAUGGACGAAAGGUUGGUGUAAAUUUUCUCCAAAUUGAUCAUCCAUCUGCUUCUAGUUUUGCCAGUUUUGCGGUGGCCAGCCAGUCUUCCAAGUCCCUGCCACCCUACUACACUGAUCUGCCCGAUUCAAUUGAUAGAAGCUAAAGGGCCCUGCGAGGACAGUCAAGAUGCCUAUAUUCAAGUCGUUGCAGCCGCCAAUUCAGAUGCCAUGGCAUCUACCUGUAUGGACCUGGCUUUUCGAUUCUGAAUAUAGCCCGAUGCGACACAACAAGCCGGAAGACAUCCAGGGCUUCACGAAUGCCGUGACAAAAGAGCACCUCAGCUAUGUCGACCUUAAACAGCACACGACCCACCUCUCUACCGCCCUGGCAAAAAACUAUGGUCUCCUGCAGGGCCAGACUGUUGCCCUCUUCUCCCCCAACACGGUAUGGUACCCGUGUGCCAUGUUUGGCGUUUUGCGCGCUGGAGGCGUUAUAAGCGGUGCUUCCCCGGCAUACAACAUCGAAGAAAUGACCUACGCCUUGAAGACCGCAGAGGCCAAGUUCCUAUUUACGGUACCGAGCUCCAUGGAGGUGGCGGCCGCGGCGGCCAAAAACGCAGGCAUCCCGCAGAGCAGAGUAUUCCUCCUGGAGGGGCAGAUGGAGGGAUUCACCACCAUGAAGGACUUGCUUGAGAUGGGCCGCUCACAUGGAGAAGGAGGGCAGGUCGAACAGUUUCGCCUCCCACCGGGCAAGAAGAACAAGGACGUCUGUGGUUUCCUGUCCUUCAGCUCCGGCACGACAGGCCUGCCAAAGGCUGUUAUGAUCGCACACUCGAAUGUGAUCGCCCAGUGUCUCCAAAUCCAACAGAUCUCGCCAGCCACCCUACGACGUAUUCUGGCCGUGUUGCCACUCUUCCACAUCACGGGCCUUGUGCACCAAAUGCACCUACCUAUCCUCCUCAACGCCAACGUCUAUAUGUUGCCCUCAUUCACCAUGGAUGGCAUGCUGCAAACGGUCCAGGACUACAAACUCGAGGAAAUGCUCCUUGUCCCGCCGAUCCUCAUCCGCCUGGUCCGCGAUGAAAAGACCCUUGCAAAGUACGAUCUCAGCUCUCUGCGCCGCUUCAGUUCGGGCGCCGCUCCCUUGAGCGCGGAGAUUCUCGAGCUCCUCAAGAAACGCUUCCCGGGGACCGGCUUCAAGCAAGGCUACGGCAUGACCGAGUCAUGUUCGUGCAUCACUGCCCACCCUCCAGAGAAGUACGACUAUAAAUACGCGUUCCGGGUAGGUACCAUCGUGGCGUCCACGGAGGUGAAGAUCGUCGACCCCGACACGGGACGGGAAUGUGGGCUGAAUGAACCGGGUGAGAUAUGGGCGCGAGGCCCGCAGGUGGUGAUGGGCUAUCUCAACAACCCGAAAGCCACCAGAGAGACGUUUGACAAGGACGGGUUCUUGCACACCGGCGACAUUGGGAGCCUUGAUGAAGAAGGGCUGAUCACGAUCACGGAUCGAUUGAAGGAGAUGAUCAAAGUCAAGGGGAUCGGUGUCGCCCCCGCCGAGCUCGAGGAUCUUCUCCUCGGACACGACGACGUCGAGGAUGUCGCCGUGCUCGGAAUUGCGGAUGACUACUCGGGCGAGCGGCCCAAAGCCUACAUCGUGCUCAAACCCUCCAAGAGAUCCGGCGACCUGCAAGCGACGGGCAAAAAGCUCAUCAAAUACGUCCAGGAGAAGAAGGUCCGGCACAAAUGGGUCACCGAGAUCGAGAUUGUCGACGAGAUCCCCAAGAGCCCGAGCGGCAAGAUUCUCCGGAGAGUGUUACGCGACAUGGCCAAGAGCGGGAAGAAAGGUGUCGUUGUCAAGGAUGACAGAGAAAGAGCACGACUAUAAGAAAGAAACACAAAACCCCAAAGACCCAAAGACCAAAACCAUCAGAGUUUGCGAGAAAGGGGUCACAAAAGCAAACACAUCCAUCGCGCAGCUCAAGCAAUUGCGGGAGAAUCUGGAGUGUGGAAAUCGAAAAGGCAAAGGCAUUGCCAUGGAGACGAGUGGGUGGAAGGAUACACUACACCUUGGAACAGUUCAAGAGGUCGAGGUAUGUUACAGAAAGGCUGAACCAGCCUUGCCAGUGGAAGGCCAACCACCCAGACAUGAAUCUCGAGGACGGCUCAUGAACACAGCUCGCGCGAGCGAUCUGGAAUAAGAUGGAUUCGUCUGAGAGUAAGACCGAGAUGUCCGAUGUGGUGUCCGGUGCGCGUGCUUUGCGACUCUGGGCCAAGAUCGUCCGUCUUUGUCGUCGAAGUCCAGUUGACGUUGUUAACGGAUGCCCAUGCUGACCGUGAGUUCUGCACACUGAGAUUGAGGGACAGUUCUUCGGCGGAGAGGCUGAGACGAAGUCAAGUAUCGUGCAGUGUACCGAGUAUAUAUAUCCUAUCUAAACAUCCAUGUCUAUAUACGCAUCAGGUAGAUACUGUUUUCAUGGUCGAGGCAAGACUGACGAAGUCGUGAUCAAUACGCAUGCUAUUCGGGAUUGUCCAAA